CGGCUCUUUAGCCGCUCAGUCAGUUUCGAGCUGCGACGACGAUCGGUGGAAGCUACGGAAGAGAAGCAAGAGAGAACACAAGUGGGGUGGGAGAACAUAAGCGCGAAUAUAAAGCACAAAGCGAGGAACGCAACACGUGAAUAGCCAGAGCCCCAAAUUGGAUUUAAAUUUAAUUUUUUUGUUAAUUUGAGAACAUAGCAAGAUGGCAACUACAUCCAUUGAGGGCUAUAAACUGGGCAAGAUCCUAAUCGAGGGCAAGACCAAGCAGGUCUACGAUCUUCCCGAACAGCCAGGACUCUGUCUGCUUCUCAGCAAGGACCGGAUUACCGCCGGGGAUGGCGUCAAGGCCCAUGAUCUGGAGGGCAAGGCCGAGAUCUCCAACGCCACCAACGGACAGGUCUUCCGCCUCCUCAACGAAGCAGGUAUUCGCACCGCCUAUGUGAAGCAGUGUGGCUCGAAGGCCUUCAUCGCCCGCAAAUGUCAAAUGAUACCCAUUGAGUGGGUAACCCGACGCCUCGCCACCGGAUCUUUCCUCAAACGGAACGUGGGCGUACCGGAGGGCUAUAGAUUCUCUCCUCCCAAACAGGAGACUUUCUUCAAGGACGAUGCCAACCACGAUCCCCAAUGGAGCGAAGAGCAGAUCGUCUCCGCCAAGUUCGAGCUCAAUGGCCUGGUUAUCGGUCAAGAUGAAGUCGAUAUUAUGCGCAGGACCACCCUCCUGGUCUUUGAGAUCCUGGAGAGGGCGUGGCAGACCAGGGACUGCGCCCUCAUCGACAUGAAGGUGGAGUUCGGCAUCGAUGCCGAUGGAAACAUAGUCCUGGCCGACAUCAUCGACUCCGAUUCGUGGCGCCUUUGGCCCUCGGGCGACAAGCGACUGAUGGUCGACAAGCAGGUCUACCGGAAUCUCACAGCCGUAACCGCCAGCGAUCUGGACACCGUGAAGCGUAACUUCAUCUGGGUGUCCCAGCAGUUGGCCGACAUUAUCCCCAAAAAGGAUCAUCUCGUGGUCGUCCUGAUGGGCAGUGCCUCGGACACCUCGCACAGCGAAAAGAUCGCCACCAGCUGUCGGUCUCUGGGACUGAAUGUGGAGCUCCGGGUGACCUCCGCCCACAAGGGACCCGAGGAGACACUCCGCAUAGUCCGGGAGUACGAGUCCGUGAUGCAGAAUCUGAUAUUCGUGGCGGUGGCCGGACGUUCCAACGGUCUGGGCCCUGUGGUGUCCGGCAGCACCAACUAUCCGGUCAUCAACUGCCCUCCCGUCAAGUCCGACAACAUGCAGGUGGAUGUCUGGAGCAGCCUGAACCUGCCCUCCGGCCUGGGAUGUGCCACCGUCCUGUAUCCGGAGGCGGCGGCCCUGCAUGCUGCCACUAUCCUGGGACUCGGCAACUUCAUGGUGUGGUCCAAGCUGAGGGUCAAGGCCCUCAACAACUUCGUCACCCUCAAGAAGGCCGACAAGGAGCUCCGUGGUGUCCGAAAUGCCUAGGAUGAGAGAGGGAACUGCCAAUUGAACGAAGGUAUCUCCAAGGACUCCGAAUCCUGGAAGAGUCCUGCUCGUUUUCCCCCCUUUUUUUGUUUUGUUUUUUUUUAAUGCCAGCCCUUUUUUCUGAUUUUAUUUUAGUAUUAAGAAAAGCAUGACUUGAACUAGCUACUAGCUAUACCUGGUACUCCCGACAAGUACCCUCGAAAUACCUAUUAAUAAAAAGAAAUAUAUAAAGCUUAAAA